AUGAGCCCGACUCUGCCACGAGCCCUAUCCCGGCCUAGCGAUCGUCGUCUGCGCCCAGAUCAAAUACCUAUCUCUUACCAAUUGCGCUCCACGCCUUGGAAAGAUGGCAUCAUGUCUCUUGGUAUAUCUACAGUUCACGAAUCUCUGCACAUAUCAGCUAAUAUCUCGUCAGGCCGCGACAACAACGACUUUUACCGAUACUUGAUCGUACGGGAUGUCGAGCGGGCUAGAACGCUACUUCGUUUUUCAUUCACCUUGGAAUCUCAUUGUGGAGACAAGGUGAUCAGAGUCGACAACUAUAGAAAAGAGCUAGAAGAGCACGCGCCGGAAUUAGGACUUGAAUUAGCAUACAAGUUUUACUGUAUAUUGUGGCAAGAACUAGUCAUCGUGGGCCUUUCGGAUAAUAAAUUACCGACAGCAAAUUCGCUAGAACCCUCGACAGCGCCUCCUGCCUAUGAAUACCUCCCUGAGAACGGAGCCGACGACUCCGAUCCUCCACCAUACGAUUCUAAGAACUACCCAAGCAAACAUCAUGAUUCCAAGACAGAUGCGAAGAAAAUGUGA